AUGGCAAGCUUCAAGCUUCCUCAGCUCCAGCCGGACAACGACCUUUGGGGUCCCGCUUCUGGCUCCAAUCCUCUUCCUGAAGAACUCAAGGACAUCCCUUUCGCCCCUUACGCUAAGAACGACAAGGUGGGCCGCAUCGCCGACUGGAACAACGCUUCUGGCGCUUCCAACGAUGCUGUCAACGCUCGUGGCGGUCGACAGGGCCGUGCGCGUGACGUCCAGCAGAACUUCGGUACCUCGGCUGCUUCUUCCGCUUUCGCCUACUUCCACGGUGACGACGAGGCAUCUUUCAGCGUUGUUGACAACACACGUACCGCUGCUUCUCGACGUGGUGGUCUCGGUCAGAUGAGCCAGCGUGGCGGUCGUGGUGGACGAGGUGGUGCUGCUGGUGGUCGUGGCGCUUCCAAGUUUGGUGCGGGUGCAGGACGUGGUGCUCGUGGUGGACGUGGUGGCGCUCGUGGCGGACGUGGUGGUGGACGAUUCGGCUGGAAGGACUGGGAUAAGCCUCAGCGCAUCCGUGAAGCCUCCGUUACUGUGGGUCAGGACUGGGAGCAGGUGGAGGAGAUCGAUUUUGUUCGUCUUGGAAAGCUUCGUCUCGAGGUCGGGGAGCCCGAGGAUAUCUCCACUUACGGUGCCUUGUUCGAGUACGACCGAUCCUACGACCGUGCCACUGUCAAGACUUCGCAGCCUCUUUCGUCGAUCGACCGCAUCCGAUACAAUCCCACCACUUCGGACGACCCUGUCAUCCAGGAAAUCUCGGCCAAGCAGGAUGCCAAGAUCUACAUGACAGACUCUAUCCUUGCCCUCCUCAUGUGCGCCACCCGUUCCAUCUACUCGUGGGACAUCAUUAUCACCAAGACUGCCGACGGCAAGGUCUUCUUCGACAAGCGCGACGGUGGUCCCUUCGACUACCUCACUGUCAACGAGAACGCUGCUGAUCCUCCCGCAGAGGCUCCUGAGGGCAAGGAGAACGAUGCAGCUGCCAAGGCCAACGCACUCAACACUCCCUCGGCUCUCAGCUUGGAAGCCACCUACGUCAACCAGAACUUUGCCUUCCAGAUCGUCAACGAGAAGAACGUCUACAAGCUCGAGCACGAAAACCCCUUCUACUCCUCCGACGAGACCGACCCUCUCGCUUCGUGCGCAUACCGAUACCGAAAGUUCAACCUCUCCUCCGAAGAGUCGGACCCCGUCGAGCUCAUCAUUCGUGCCGAAGUCGACGCCUACACCGUCAGCUCCAACAAGGAAAAGCAGCUUAUCACUAUCAAGUCACUCAACGAGUUCGACGCUCGUGCACAAGGUGCAGGUGGUGCUCAGGACUGGCGUGCCAAGCUCGAUUCGCAACGUGGUGCCGUCGUUGCGACCGAGAUGAAGAACAACUCGUUCAAGCUCGCCCGUUUCGCAGUUCAGUCCUUGCUUGCAGGCGCUGACAGCAUGAAGCUCGGUUACAUUUCGCGCGCGAACCCUAAGGACACUUCUCGUCACACCAUCUUGGGCACUUCGUGGCUCAAGCCUCGUGAGCUUGCCGGUCAGAUGGCUGUCAACCUUAGCAACGGUUGGGGUAUUGUUCGUACUAUUGUCGAUUUGGCUAGGAAGGCGGAUGAGGGUAAGUACGUCUUGCUCAAAGACCCCAACAAGCAAACGAUUCGCUUCUACCGUGUCCCUGCCAACUUUGGUGAGGAGGGCGAUGAGAUUGGUGAGGAGGACGAGGCUGAUGAGCAGGAUGACGCCUAA